AUGAGCUCCCAAGGCGCAGGUAUAGCCGCCCCCCGAGGCGGCGGUAAGAGGUCAACCGAGAUGUUCAGCCAGGACUACCAAAUUGUUUUGCCGACUUUGCCCUCAGGUUCGACUGUGAAGGACACUGUGUUUUUACACGCCGAUUUGAAAGCCAGGCUGUAUAGGGUCGAAUAUUUUAGAGAUGCACUCGAGCAACUUUCGCUACUGCCGGAAGUGGUCGCACUAGGUGCUUAUCAAAUGAAUCAUGUCUGGGCCGUGACUUUCUGUGACAACGAAGAAAAGGAAAAGAUGCUGGCAGCUGGAAACUUCACUGUGAAAGACCGACGCUGCGUUGUAGUCGAUCCGUGCAACCAGGCGCUAAGGAUAAAGCUGCACUGGCUUUUGCAUGGUGUUCCCGAUGAAGACGUGCGCACUGCAUUGGCUCCAUUCGGCAAAGUCCUGGAAGUCACCAGAGAUAAGUGGCGUGUUCAAGGCUGUAACGAGAAGAAUACUACAACAAGGUCAGUGACCUUACAACUCAAGGUGGGCGUGACUACGGAGGAUUUGCCGCAUCAACUGCGAGUUGCGGAAGGCCUGGCGCUUGUCUCUGUUCCGGGCAGAGCACCCCUCUGCCUCGGGUGUUACGGCAUCAGACACAUGCGACGCGACUGUCGUGUCCCACGCUGUGGCCAUUGUCGCCGCUAUGGCCACGAUCAGACCAUGUGCGUGCGAUCUUAUGCAUCAGUAGCUGGACCACCACGAAGUUAUGAUACGUCAGAACAUAUUAUGGACCUGAAUGACGCCAAGGAAGCUACACGGGAAGAUAAGCACGAAGACUCCGCUGUGGCAACUGUUGAGACAAAGCCACCAGGAAAGAAAGAUACGAACACGAAGGACACCAACGAAGACGAGCGCUGGCGAGUGGAUGGUGUCUCCGACAAGGGCUCGACGACUCGAGCAGUGCUACUGCAGCUGAAGACUGGGUUGAAGGUGGACGACUUGCCCCACCAGAUCCGCGUCGCCGGGGAACUGUGGUCACCCCAGGUCGCCCUAUGCAGUGUCUCCGCUGCAAGGGUUCUGGCCACGUUAGACGAGAAUGUAAGGUUCCCCGUCGCUCCCGGUGCAGGCUUUUCGGCCACGUCGACGCGGACUGUGCACGCUCUUACGCAGCAGCCGCGGGUUCGGCGGAGAACGAGCCCUUGA